AAACAAUCAUUUGGAUUGACAUUGUGUGAGCAAGCGAUGGCUUCACAAUCGACUGUCCAAGUCCGGUACACCAGCCAGCCUGGUCCUCUUGUUGUCCACUUCCCGUCAGGAACGCCAGCGCCCGAGGCAUUGCGGCCAGGCAACGAGGAUUCGCUUCGUCUCGCCGUCUUCACACAAGCACAGCGCGACCGCGACGCUGCCACCGCGUCUGGUUCGCGACCAAAGCACGUUGUGGCUGCCGAGAACGGCCGCAUGCUGUACAACUCGUCGUCCGAGAGCUCCCAACCAAUGACAAAAUACUUGGUCGGCGUCUUUGAUCGCAAAAAGCACACGUUGGACGUGUAUGACUCGGACAUGUUUGCACUCAAGCCUACCGUCAAACGCAUGCGAUCGGAUGCGCUGAACAAGAAGCAGGAGGCAGAGGGUCUGUCCAAAUACCAGCAGUACACUCAGAAAAAGAACGACCUCGUUGAGGCUUUCGGUGGUCGCAAGAAGAAGAACGAACUGCUGACCAACAUUAAGAACAAGAUCGAGGACGCCUCGCUUGGCUCGAUGGCCAAGAACAUUCAAAGCACGCUUGAUACUGCUGCAAAGGAUGAUUUGACGCUAAAUGAAGUCAUGGAUCAGGCUGACGAACACCGUCCCAUUCCCGCCUUCAAUGCUGACGCGCUGUCGCCCGAUGAAGUCUACCCUCUCGAGAACCUCAUUACCCCCGAAGAGUACAAGGUGCUGAAGAACGAAGCCAAGGUGCUCGAGAAGGCCAACGCCGAGGAAAUCCAAGCCAUGCGAGCAGCUCGCACCUACGCUCCUCUCAUUCUCAACUGGGUCCGCGAUCUGCCUCAAGACAAGGAGGAGCGCCGACGACAGGCGCGCAUCUUGUUGUACAUCAACUAUCUCUUGAAUUUCCGCCGCGCAAACGAUUCCCAUCUCAACAACCCCAACUCGACCGAGCCAAACGCCUUGUCUGGCAUUCCGGAGGAUGUUCUCAAGCAUCUUAAAGCCAAGUUUGCCGAAGUUCAAACGAACGACCGUGGCCAGCCAAUUUUUGCCGUUCCCACCUUCUUGAAGGACAAGCUGCUCAGCUACGUCUUUGUGCUUUGCCUCAUGCUCAACCAAUACAAGUUCGCAUUCGAAGAGCUGACCACCAUGCUCAAGAUGAAGCCCGAUCGCGCUACCGAGCACUUCCGCGCUCUCGGCUGUCGUAUUUCAUCGCGUCGUGAAGAAAUGGGCGACGAAAUGGACACGUCUGCAUCGGCCACCGGCUCGGUCAAGCUCGCCGUGUUGGGUGUGCCGUUGCAAUUCCCUCGCCCGCGCGGUCGGCGCUCCAAGAAGUAGGGAGGCCGCACUCAUCCUCGCCUCUCUCGUCCAGAUGGAUGUUGGAUUGCACCAAAUACAAGCCAUAUACUAAUGAAUUCAUCGUCAACUCCAA